AUGCCGGGCUGGAGGAAGAGCCUCACCCUGUGCCUGCAGCGGAUGCAGGAGGACGAUGAUGGCCCUUACUCAAAGGGGAGCAAGGACUCCGGUGGGAUGGACUCAGCCCUGGUCUCCAGGAGGCAAAGCAUCCCAGAGGAGUUCAGAGGGAUCACCAUUGUGGAGCUGAUUAAGAAGGAAGGAAGCACCCUUGGGUUAACCAUUUCAGGUGGUACAGACAAAGAUGGAAAGCCAAGAGUCUCCAAUCUGAGGCCAGGAGGACUAGCUGCAAGAAGUGACCAGCUGAAUGUUGGGGAUUACAUCAAGUCUGUGAAUGGCAUUAACCUGACCAAGCUGCGGCACGAUGAGAUCAUAAGCCUGCUGAAGAACGUGGGGGAGAGGGUGGUGCUGGAAGUCGAGUAUGAGCUCCCGCCAGCCGUGCCAGAGAGCAGUGCUGGUAUUAUUCCCAAGACCAUUGAGGUCUCCCUUUACAAGGAAGGCAACAGCUUUGGUUUUGUUCUGAGAGGGGGAGCCCACGAAGACUGGCACAAGUCCAGACCACUGGUGCUCACCUAUGUGAGGCCAGGUGGCCCAGCAGACAGGGAAGGGUCCUUAAAAAUUGGAGACAGGCUGCUGAGUGUUGAUGGAAUCCCUCUGCACAGCAUGACCCACGCUGAUGCCCUCAACAUCCUGCGGCAGUGCAGCCAGGAGGCACUCUUCCAGAUCGAGUAUGAUGUGACCAUCAUGGACACUGUAGCAAACGCUUCAGGUCCUUUACUAGUUGAAAUAGCAAAGACUCCAGGGUCUACGCUAGGAAUCACACUGACGACAACCACACACCGGAACAAGCAGGUCAUUGUCAUUGAUAAGAUCAAGCCGGCCAGCGUGGUGGACAGAUGUGGUGCGUUGCGUGUUGGUGACCACAUUCUCUCCAUCGAUGGCACAAGCACAGAGCACUGCUCCUUGUUAGAGGCCACUCAGCUUCUAGCAGCCACUUCAGAAAAUGUCAAGCUAGAGAUACUACCUGUUCACCAAAGCAGGUUGCCUUUGAAGCCUCCAGAAACAGUCAAAGUGCAGAAGAGUGACCACCACCACUGCUGGGAUCCCUGUGUCAAUUACUGUCACACCCACCACCCUGGGCACUGCAAGACUCCCACUUGGAGCCAGACAUCUGGACAGGAUUACUCUAAAUCUCUGAUGGCUGCCAACUUCUCAUCUCCCACCAUGAAUGUGCAGGGCUUCCCCUGCCAGAACUCGAACACUCUACCUCGCAGCUCCCACCCCAUGAGCCCUCGCACCACCAUGCUGAGGAGGAGACAGAAGAAGAAGGAACACAAAAGCUCACUGUCACUGGCCUCCAGCACGGUGGGUCCUGGUGGGCAGAUAGUCCACACGGAGACAACAGAGGUGGUGCUCAGGGGAGACCCUUUGAAUGGCUUCGGACUCCAGCUCCAGGGAGGCAUCUUUGCUACUGAAACCCUCUCUUCCCCACCUCUCGUCCGUUUUAUUGAGCCCGACAGCCCGGCAGAGAGAUGUGGGCUGCUACAAGUAGGAGACAGAGUCCUUUCUAUCAAUGGCAUUGCAACUGAGGAUGGGACUAUGGAGGAAGCUAAUCAACUUCUGCGUGAUGCUGCGCUCACGAACAAAGUGGUGCUCGAGAUUGAGUUUGAUGUUGCAGAGUCUGUCAUACCCAGCAGCGGUACUUUCCACGUUAAAUUGCCCAAGAAAAGAGGUGUAGAGCUUGGAAUUACAAUCAGCUCGGCAAGCAGAAAGCCUGGAGAGCCUUUGAUCAUCUCUGACAUCAAGAAGGGGAGCGUAGCACAUAGAACUGGCACCUUGGAGCCGGGAGACAAGCUGUUAGCCAUUGAUAACAUCCGACUCGACAAUUGCUCAAUGGAGGAUGCUGUGCAGAUUUUAAGGCAGUGUGAAGACCUGGUCAAAUUGAAGAUUAGGAAGGAUGAAGAUAACUCUGAUGAGCAGGAGACAACCGGUGCUAUUAUCUACACAGUGGAACUGAAACGAUAUGGUGGCCCCUUGGGAAUAACCAUCUCUGGAACAGAGGAACCUUUUGAUCCUAUCGUCAUUUCAGGCUUGACUAAACGAGGGCUGGCAGAAAGAACCGGAGCCAUCCAUAUCGGUGAUCGAAUAUUAGCGAUUAACAACGUGAGCCUCAAGGGCAAACCCCUGAGCGAAGCCAUUCACCUGCUGCAGAUGGCAGGGGAGACAGUCACAUUGAAGAUCAAGAAGCAAACAGAGAAAUCUUAUCCCAAGAAGUCGGGGAGCAUAAACGAAGCCAGUGACCCAGAAGAUGAACUGACAGACUCCCAGAAAACUAGCAAGCUGUCUGAGAUAUACUCUACCACAAUUCCUAGUGUGGACAGUGCUAUGGAAUCUUGGGAUGGCUCUGGCAUUGAUGCUGGGUAUGGAAGCCAAGGUACGUACAUACCUCAGGCUACAGGCAUAGCCCUCCAUCCACACGAAUGGAGACACAGCAGGCAGAAGAGCAGCACCCCUCCAGGGGACCCCAGGAAAAACUACCCUUACAUGGAUGGAAGCUUCAAUGAAGAUGAUUGGGACAAGCCCAGCAGAUACCCCAACCGCCAAAACGGCCUUGAGACCACUCACGAGGAUAGUUUUUGGCGUGUUUUUGGAGAAGCUUUGGAGGAUUUGGAAACAUGUGGCCAGUCUGAACUUUUGAGGGAGAUCGAGGCAUCCAUCAUGACAGGGAGUGUGCACAACCUGGGCCUUGAGGGUAGCAAGCUGCUCCUGGACUCGGUCAACCCAUCGGGACUCAGCCCGUUGAGAAAAGCAAAUUCCAGCUGCGAUGAUGGACAAACUGAGAGCAGCAGCUCCCCUGCCAAGAAGAAUGAGAGGAACCUGGACAUGAAGAAGAUUGAGAAGGAGAUGCAGGAAAUCAUGUCCCCUACCCCGCUCGAGUUUCACAAGAUGACGCUUCACAAAGACCCAGAGAGUGAAGACUUUGGAUUCAGCGUGUCGGAUGGCCUGUUAGAAAAAGGUGUCUAUGUAAAUAUGGUCCGUCCGGAUGGGCCAGCAGAUCAGUGUGGCCUCAAGCCAUAUGACAGAGUGCUUCAGGUAAACCGCAUCCGAACGAGAGACUUUGACUGCUGUCUGGCUGUUCCCCUGAUUUCGGAGGCUGGAGAUAAGCUGGACCUGGUGAUUAGCCGAAACCCCUUAGCAGUGGCUGCCAACGCUCCCCAGGAGGGGAACAAAGAGCUGCCAGCACACGUGGCCCACGGCGCUGAGGUCAAGGCGAGUGUCCAGACGCUCUGA